AAACCAGACCAUUACAGAGUUCUUCAAGCCAGUUUUAAACCAAGACCUCAGCCAUAAAGACAGAGCUGCGCUGUGCUCACCAGACGGAGGAUAUGUGAAAGAUGCAGGAAUCGGACUGUCAGUUUUACGUGCUGAACGUUUUGAAAAGAAGGUAUCUCCUCAGAAGAAGGUCAGAAGGAAGAAGAUGCCAGACCCAACGCCAGACACAAGUCCUGUGGUAGAAGCCUUUCGGAGAGGAAUUAAGAAGAAAAAGGACAGUGUGAAUGUUUUGGAGAAUAGCAGAGGAUGCAAGGCGCUGGGUUCAUUGUGCCCAAAAGUUGUGAUUCAAAAACUCCUUAUUACCGCAGGGGCUCACAGCUGUUUCUUGGCCAAAAAGGAUAAAACUGUCAAGUCGGAACAGGGAAGAAGUGAGAAGUGUCUGGCUGUAACAAGAACACCGCUGUCUCGUGAAAAUAGUUGGGAACAGAAAACCGACUAUAUGGAUGUUGACGACACUAGUUCGGACCCUGACAAAUGGGUUUCACUGCCAGAAGCUGGUAGUCAGAAAGCCUGUGCUAGAAGUAAUGGUACUGCGAGCAACACAUCCCUGUGCCAGACCCCAGGUCCUCCCAUGAGACUGCCCUGCGCUCCCUCAGACUCUGAGUUCAGGUUGUCACUGGAAGCUCUCCGCAGAGAAAGGAAACGAAAGAAACACAGAAUGAAGCAACCUAAGCCACAUCCCGUAAAGCCAUUCUCCGCAACAAGUGUAUCGCAUCAGGUGUGUUUAAAAGGGUCUUUAAAGGUGGAAAUCCGCAACCCAUUGUGCGUGGGAUUUCUGAAUGUCUUUUUUCAAUAUGACCUGUCUCAACCAAAGCCAAAGCAUGUUUCAAAACGUGAGGCAUCUUCUCCAAAUGCACUGAGAACGUCGUCCGAGGUGGCUGCUGAUAUGUGGAAGAGCCAGUCUGUUCCUUCGUGCUGCCUUACAUCGAAGAUAUCUUCUGAGCAAUCCAAACAAACAGACCUUCCUGGAAAAAGAAAAUGCACUGCCGUGAGUGUGGAUUCAGAUGACUCAAAUCAAUCUGAAGCCUCGCGUUUGAAUGACCCCGCUUUUACCAGAUCAUCUGCAAAAUGCAAAAAUAGGAAGUCUGACUUUGUAAAAAAUAUCCUUUUAAAGUCAACUCGUGGUGAUGUUCUGCAGCUAAUGGAGGCUGCUGCUCUACCUAGAUGUGAUUUUGCUCCUCCAGAGGAAUACCUCAACUCAAGCAAUGGAAAUGAGAAAAAUAAUUGCUCCUCUGUAGGUUUGUCAUCUGCACACGGUCCUGGUAAAAAUAACCACGUUUCUGUUGGGGAUACCAAAGAGAAUCAAUUGCAGGUGGCUAACUCGUGCUUUUUCUUGGAAAAGUCACUUCCUUUUUCUCAGGAAAAAAGUCCUGUGUUGCCUUCUCUCCACUACUUAACACAAACAAAAGGUGUGGAAUCUCAUCUCCCGGAUGCGGGCUUACCUCAGGUAUUGGAUGUUACAAAGGAGCAAGAUGGGACAAGACCAGAAAGACGCGCACACGAUAAACCUUACAGUAUUCCAACCAGCAACAGUUUUUCAAAAACAAAAGACAAGGCUUCAGAAAAUGCUUAUGGUUUUUGUUCAUUGGGAGAUUCUGGGAAACUUUCACUCGCAGAAGAGACUGGUAAAAGUGAUCCCCGUUUGUUAUCUCUUAAAGAAGAGCGCAUGGACAUCAGCUGUAUGUCUUCACAACUCUCAGGGGAGUUAAAAGUUGAAAGCACAUGCACAGACAAGUCCAGGAUGAGUGGAAAGUUAAAAAGCAGCUUUGAUAGUGAACAUGGGAGUUUGGAAUGCAGUCUAAGUGAUGACAAUGAUGAUGAAGAAGUAUUCAUACCACUGCAAGAAAUUCUCUCCUCGAGUCCCAAGCCACAGGCAGGAACCCUGGAGGAAUCUUUUCUUGACAGUAUUUCUGAGGACACCGUGGCUCCAUUACUGAAUUUUCAUCUUUCUAAGCCUCCUGUUGUUAGCCAGGUGUCAUAUGUGAACAGCUUAGAACAUCUCUUGAAGGAGAAAGAAGAAUCUAAAAGGGUAGAUGAACUAGAAAAGCGGUUACAGGAAGACCUACAAGGAAGGGAAACUCGUUCUUCAGAUGGAGAUGAUGAGGAAAGUGCCAGUGGAGACGAAGAUCUCUCAGAAGAACACAGGGCGUUUAUAAGGAGAUUUUCAGUAAUAGCUCAUGCCAUACCUGACUGCCACCCUGGAGAAGAUAUAUUUGAUUUAUUAACCUCUGGGAAAAUCUUCAAUCAACAUAACCUUGACUUGAGGAAUUUUCACUUCAUCCCUCAAAAUCCUGUACAAAAGCUACUUCUUAGUUUUGAUGUAACACAGCAACUUUCUUUAUCUAUUCAUGGUUUUCUAAGUUCUGCUUACAGUUCUGUCUUGUGUCCCAUACCAAUUCUGAAGUGGCUUUUCCAGAUGAUGUCUGUUCAUCCUGACUACUGUGUUUCCACACAGAUUUUAGACAGAUUGAUGGAGAUAACAUUAAAAAAUGCUUCCAUCAGUGACGAACAGUCGAAGCCAUGGAUUCCUUCACUGGCUGAUGUGUCAGCUGUUUUUAUCAAUAUGGGUGUUGCUUUUCGAUCUCUACCCUUUCAGCAUCUUCAGCCCAACUUCAACGAGAGUGAUAUUUUAAGUCAGAUGCAAGAAACAGUGAGUAAGCAACAGCCAAGAGGAGACCUAACCUCUGCCAGUCCGGCCUUCUCCAGCCUACCAGAAGACAAUUUGAUUAACGUGGUUAAGUUUCUAGGUUUCUGCACAACGGUAGUUCAGAGUGGAUAUACCGAUCAAGAAAUAUUGCUGCUGCUUCUGUUGCUGUUUAAAAUAAGCUUGGAGAAACAGUUAAAGCAAAUUCCUGUGAUAGAUUUUCAGUGCCUUUUCAUAAAGCUUCUGAUGGGUAUAAAGGAGUGGGAUACAAAGAUGCCUGAGCUCUGCCUGGCAGUGAGCGAACUCUCCAGUCACCACCAUAACCUCCUGUGGCUAGUCCAGCUGGUGCCUAGCUGGAUAAUACGUGGACGGCAAGUAAGAAGACGUCUUAGCCUGGUGAUAAUUUCAAAACUUCUUCAUAGAAGGCCUAUAGAAAUACCUGAUGACAGUGACAAGCAGAUGUCUCUUCUGCAUAACUUUCUGGUGUACAUGAAACCUUCUAAUCUACUAAAGGAGAUGAGGGAAGGACUGGAGCAGCAGGAUGCUGACGAAGACCACCUUCAGGCCAAACUAGAACAGGAGGCAUACUACCUAAUCUACAUCCUCCUUCAUCUAGUCAGCGAAGCUAGUUUCUUUGAUGUUAUAAAUUCUAAUCAAAGGCAACACUUACUGAAGCUUUGUGGUGCCUUAGAUAAGCACAUAAAAUGUGAUAUUAGGGAAGAUGCAAGGCUGUUUUAUCGAACUAAGGUAAAAGACUUAGUUGCUCGGAUAUAUGGCAAAUGGCAAGAUAUGAUACAAACCACUCGGCUUAUUCAGGGAAAGCUGCAUGACUUCUGGGAGCCAGAUUCGUGA